UUUAAAAAUAAAGAAAAGUCCAACCAAGAUCUGGAGGUGUGCAUGAAUAAAUGCAAUGCGAGACAAAUUUCAGUGUCACGUUGCUGUUGACAAGAGUAAAACCAACUCUACUGGAGAGCGGCCAUCUUGGCCAGUUGAGUGUGAGGUAGAGAGGAGCUUAGCGUCUACACCGUACACUGUACCUCACGGUAAGAGGAGUCCUCCGGCUGCGACCGAGCCAACUGUAUUUCAUCCUCCUCCAGGCAUGGAGAGCGCAAGAGUUGCUGAAACACAGCAGAACGUACUGCUCGAGGUCCUCAGCUACUGCAGGGUAAACUUCCUGCUCAACAUUUACAUCAUGGGUUUCUUGCAUGCAGCAGUGCAGAGGCUCGAGCAGAAGAUCGACAACCUGCAGUCCAAACACAGGAAUCCAGAGAUCUCAGAAGAGCCGACUGUGGCAGUAGGAGACUGUCAGCUCUCCUGGUCCCUGGUUCAGCGUCUCGGGCCUUCACCUCAAACAGAACACCUGGGAAACCCUGUAGGGGGGUGGGACUCGGCGAACGUCCUUCCGCACAACGUCGGUGGAAAGAGGAGCCAGCGUAGGAGACAGCGAGCUCAGAGAGUGUCUGAGCCAAAACAGGAAGCGGCUGUAGAUGCUAAAGAGGAGGAUCCGCGAGAUAAUGACACGCAGAAGAACGACAGAGCGAAGCGUCAGAGAAAACAAAGGAAACGUCGCGCUGCAGCUAGAUCUGAACCCGAGGAGGCGCCAAGCAUAGAGGAGAAGAAGAGAACAGUAAUGCACAGAGUUCUGGAUAGUGAUUGGUCAGAAGUUAUAAAGAAUAACGCAGUACACGUCUGACGUGUCUCAGGACACGCCGUGGGAGGGGAGCUCUUCUUUACCGCGUGUGAUGGAUGCUCUCGUUUCACACUUCGCCAGGAUAAAGCUGAUCUGUUUUUAUUGUCUGAAUAUAAC